UCACAACUGUCAUUUUGUCAAAUCUGAUGAGACAAGCAAAAGCUAGUGUAAACUUAAGAUUUUCGUGUAUUUCGUGAAAAAACAGGAAUAUCCUGUCAAUAUAUUACACGUUUGUUUGCGGUACGCCGUAGCGGAGAAUUAUUCAACAGAAUAUAUUAGCAUUUGUUUUCCCGGUUAAGCUACAUUCACAAAGCCUGCAACAUGUCAAGUACUUCGCAGAAACAUAGAAAUUUUGUGGCGGAGCCUAUGGGAGAUAAGCCAGUAACAGAUCUGGCCGGUGUUGGAGAUGUACUAGGAAAGCGAUUGGAUACUGCUGGAUUUGACAAGGCCUAUACUGUGCUUGGCCAAUACUUAAUAUUGAAAAAAGAUGCUGAACUUUUCAAGGAAUGGAUGAAGGACACCUGCGGAGCCAAUUCCAAACAAGCGGCCGACUGCUACCAAUGUUUGAACGAUUGGUGCGAAGAAUUUUUGUAGAUUGUCCCUCCCCUUGAAGCUUUUAAACGAAUUUGUGUACGUGUACGUUUCAUUUUUACUACUAGAACUACGUUAACAACUAAUUUCAACCAACAGAUAUAAUUAUUGAAGUAUCUAUACAAUAAAUGUGUUACUAAUAUGA